UCAAGCGUCAGCAAAAGAUACAUCGGUUGCCCAACAUUGUAUGCAGUGUGUCAGCCCCCAUGUGAAGACUUUCCAUGACCUUGUUACCUGAAAAAAACAUAAGCCUACACCCGAACAUACGGUAGCGGUGAGGUUACUGUUAACAAAGAGCAUGGACGCUGAUGAGCUAGUAUUUUUCGUUAAUGGAAAGAAGAUCAUAGAAAAGAAUGCCGACCCGGAGACGACACUGCUGCAGUAUCUGCGUAAAAUACUGCGUCUUCCUGGCACCAAACUUGGCUGUGGAGAAGGAGGAUGCGGUGCAUGCACAGUGAUGAUAUCAAAGUACGACCAGGAGCGGGACAAAAUUUGUCAUUAUGCAUCCAAUGCGUGUCUUGUUCCAAUAUGCUCUCUCCAUGGCCUCGCUGUCACUACAGUGGAGGGGAUUGGUAGUACGAAAACGAGGCUACACCCAGUUCAGGAGAUAAUAGCCAAGUCCCACGGCACACAGUGUGGUUUCUGCACUCCAGGAAUGGUGAUGUCAAUGUACACGUUACUAAGGAAUAAGCCAAAACCAACAGAAGAGGAAGUGGAAAACAUAUUCCAAGGAAACCUUUGCAGAUGCACUGGCUACAGACCUAUCCUUGAAGGGUUCAAGACUUUCAGCAAAGACGAACCCUGCUGUAUGGGAUCCAAAUGUUGCAAAAUCCAGCCAAGUAACGAAGAGCAUUUUCUUGAUGCCGCUGAACCAUGCGACUUUCUGCCCGCCGAUACGACCCAGGAACCAAUAUUCCCCCCUGAAUUAAAAAUUUCGAAUGGAUUCGGGACAAAGUUUCUAACGUUCAAGAGUGAGAGGGUUACCUGGUUACGGCCGGUGUUCUUGAAGGAUCUUCUGAAACUUAAAUCCAAAUAUCCCAGUGCUAGGAUUGUUAUUGGAAACACAGCUGUUGGGUUGGAUACAAAAUACAGAAAAGCACAUGUCCAAGUUAUGAUUGCUGCAACACACGUGCCAGAAUUACAUGAAGUCGCAGUGGCUGACACAGGGAUCCAUAUUGGUGGGGCAGUUACCCUUGCGAGAUUAGGCGAGAUUUUGACUGAAACCAUCAAGAAUACAACAGAGGGUGGCCAGAGAAAUGCUUUUUUGGACAACACUUUUUACACCAGACGCGGAAAUUGGAAUAUUAAAUCGGAUGAGAUUGUUUUGUCUGUUUUCAUCCCUUUUUCCAAAAAGAAUGAAUUUGUGUUCGGAUACAAGAAGGCACAGCGCAGAGAAAAUGCAACAGCAAUAGUGAACGCUGGGAUGAGAGUUCUGUUUGAAGAUGGAGACAAUAUUAUUAAAGAAAUGCAAAUUGCCUUUGGUAGCAUGUCUGAAACAUCUUCGUUGGCCAUAACAACAGCUAGGAGAUGUGUGGGGAGAAAAUGGGAAGACCAACUGACAUCAGAUGUAGUCCAGUGGCUGGCGGAAGACUUUCAUUCACUACCAGAGGGCAUUGGUGGUCAGAUGCCCUACAAGAGAGCACUGGCUUGCAGUUUCUUUUUCAAGUUUUUCCACAGGGUGAAAUUAGAAUUGCGCAAACAGUCUGGGAUGGAAGAUGCAACAGUUCCACCCCGGCACACGCUGACACUUCCCAGUCUGACACGAAGCAUCAGCCGAGGUACACAAGUGUUUGAAGAGGUCUCUCCUGACCAGCCAAAACACGACGCCGUUGGACGCCCAUUGCAGCACAGGGCGAGCUUGCAACACGCCACCGGAGAGGCUCAGUAUUGUGACGACAUGCCACUGAUUGACGGUGAGCUGCACUUGGCAUUGGUAACCAGCACCAGAGCCCACGCCAAGAUUCUCUCCAUUGACACUAGAGAAGCACUUGCUUUGCCUGGAGUAGAGGCAUUCUUUGGCCACGAGGAUGUACCAGGUUCCAAUGUAAAGAGAGUUCUGACAGUUGGGGAGGAGAUAUUUGCUUCAAAGGAGGUGACGUGUUACGGCCAGGUGAUAGGUGCCAUGGUGGCUGACACCAAGACGCAUGCGCAGAGAGCAGCGAAGGCCGUAAAAAUUGAGUACGAAGACCUUCCAACAGUGUUCACAAUAGAGGAAGCAAUUGUCGAAGAGUCCUACUACCCACACGAAGCGAAAGCCCUCAUCAAGUCAGGCGAUGUAGAACGUGGCUUUGAGCAGGCCGACCACAUCUUAGAGGGGGAGAUCAAAGGAGGGGGACAGGAACAUUUCUAUCUGGAGACGCAUGUGGCUAGAGCCGUGCCUAGAGGAGAAGAUGGAGAAAUUGAGAUAUUUUGUAGCACGCAGUCUCCGUCGAAGUCUCAGGCUAAUGUUGCUAGAGCCCUUGGCUUACCGAUGAACAGAGUGUGUAUCAGGACAAAAAGGCUAGGUGGGGGUUUCGGAGGAAAGGAAACCCGUUCGACGCUAUGCAGUGUUAUGUCAUGUCAUCAUGUGGCAUAUGCUGUUUUACACAGGUUGAACCGACCGGUCCGUGGUAUGUUGGAUAGAGACGAAGAUAUGCUGAUAUCAGGGGGACGACAUCCUUUCCUUGGAAAGUACAAGGUUGGUAUUGACAGCGUUGGUCGUUUCAAAGCCUUGGACGCCACAGUCUACUUGAAUGCAGGAAAUACUUCCGACUUAUCACCGGAAGUAGUAAGUGUAUCAUUAUACAGUUUUGACAACUGUUACCAUAUUCCAAACAUUGUACUUACUGGUGUACUGUGUAAGACCAACCUGCCCUCAAACACUGCAUUCAGGGGGUUUGGUGCCCCUCAGUCAAUGCUGGUCAUGGAGAAUAUAAUUGAAGAUGUCGCCGUCAGUCUGAAUAUCCCCUCACAUAAGGUCCGUGAAAUAAACAUGUACAAUGAAAAUGACCUCACGCCAAAGGGUAUUCGACUGAUAAACUGUGCUAUAGACCGUUGCUGGAAUGAAGUCAUCCAGCAGAGUGAAUUUUUUCAGAGAAAAGAAGACAUUGCCAAAUUUAACAGAGACAACCGAUGGAAGAAGCGUGGAGUUAGUUUGAUUCCAACCAAGUUUCUGAUUUCUUACUAUAAUGAGCGUUUUCUAGAACAGGGGGCAGCACUUGUUCAUGUGUACCAAGAGGACGGUUCAGUUCUGAUAACACACGGUGGUGUAGAGAUGGGACAAGGAUUACACACUAAGAUGAUACAGGUUGCCAGUCGAGCGUUACAGUUGCCAGUCCACAAGUUCCACAUCAAUGAAACCACCACUAGUACCGUUCCGAACACCACUGCCACAGCUGCCAGCACAGGAUCAGAUCUCAACGGCAUGGCUGUAUUGAAUGCAUGUAAGACGUUAAGACACCGACUUGAGCCGUAUAUAGCCGGUAAUCCCGGUGGAUCAUGGGAAGAUUGGGUGAAAGCUGCCUAUAUGGACAGAAUCAGCCUGUCUGCAACAGGUUACUACAAGGUUCCAGAUACCUGGGACGAUAGCUAUGUACCUGUAGAAGGAGAGCAAACCACGCAGAGGUACUUCACAUACGGCGCUGCUUGCUCCGUGGUUGAAAUAGAUUGCCUUACCGGAGACCAUGUGGUGUUGCGAACAGAUAUCGUUAUGGAUGUUGGAAGAAGUUUGAAUCCAGCCAUUGAUAUUGGACAGAUAGAGGGAGCCUUUGCGCAGGGCUAUGGGCUAUUCACCAUUGAGCAACUGAGAUACUCUUCUGAGGGAAGACUGAUAACUAAUGGUCCGAACACAUACAAGAUCCCUGGUUAUGGAAACAUCCCUGUAGAAUUCAAUGUUUCUUUACUGAAAGGUGCUUCCAAUCCCAAAGCAGUAUAUUCUUCCAAAGGUAUAGGAGAACCUCCUUUUUUCCUGGCGUCUUCAGUGUUCUUUGCCAUAAAAGACGCCAUAUCGUCUGCUAGAGCCGAGUCCGGUUUGAAAGGGAGGUUCCGAUUGGACAGUCCAGCCACAGCUGAGAGGAUCAGGAUGGCAUGUGAGGACCAGUUUACAUGCCAGUGUUCACCAAGCACCCAUCAUACGAGGCCAAGGUUUAUAGAUGUGUGA